AUGGAGACUAGAACAUCUAGCAAGCCCUUAGGUUUAAAAGUAUGUCCAGGGUUGGUGAAGACUCAUCGUCCUCCUGAAUGUUUGGUCCAUCUUUUUGCAUAUCCCAAGCCAAGAUCAUUUUUAAUCCGUAUGAUUGGAGAGGAAACAACUGAUUUCCUUGAGAUGACUCUGAAGCAAAACCGACUACAGCACCUACUGGGAGUGCGUACUCUCUACUCAGACUCCCUGGGGAAGAAGGCAGCCGAGGAGGUUACAUCGGUCACACUACAGCCAGUUGAGUUGGAUUUCCAUGGUGUAGAAACCCCAUUCCUCCCCCAGGAGGUAAGGAACAGACUUGAGAGUCAUGUGAAGCAUAAAGUGAUACAAAAGCAGUGGGCUCUUCCCAAGCUUGCUUUGAAGUGUAUAAAAGCCUUUAGGGCAGAAGCCGCUAAGUGUCAACAGAGAAAUAAGAGUAUGGACAAGGGAAAUCUGAUGAUGGACAGUAACGCUGAAACCAUUUUCCAGCCUCUGAUCACAUGCCAACAACUUCAGGGUGAGAUAGAGCCAAUAACAGUAACAUCACCAGGUCAAGAAACAGAGGGGGAGAAAUCUCUCUCUGCAACGUCAACUGAGUGUGAUGAUUAUUCUACUGAGGAAAGUGUAUGUAGCAGCGUUCUUGUCAUAGAUAUAGCCACUCGACCUGAUGCAUUGGAAGUUAGCACAGCUGAUCCCAGGACCAAAUUUGAAAUGGAAUUGAAGAGCAAGUGCCUGGAAAUCAUAUUGUCUAUGCCACAGGAAAGGGUUCCUCUGAAGAGUUUGGUGAAGAAGCUAGUCGGACCAGGUAUGCGCAUCCCUAUACCCAGAGUGAAACAUGUUUUAUUCAUGAGAAAGGCAUCCAUUAAACUUAUUGAAAUGAACCUGAAACAGAAGCAUUUGGCAAAUGUAUUGGGAGCGCCCACCAUCUUCAGCAAGUCCAUGGAACUGAUCACACCCAAAGAAACUCCUCAGCCGAAGGAAGUGUCAGAGGUAGAGUUUGAAUUGUAUUGCUCAAAGACACUUUUUAUCCGCAAAGAAAUUAGAGACAAGCUAGAGUUCCACAUCAAAUGCAAAAAAAUCCAACACCUCUGGGGUCUGCCUCAGCUGGUGCAGAAGUCUCUUGAUGCCCUCAUACCCAAGGCACCAAAGAUGGAUCACAGCAGGGUUUUCCCAAAGCCCAAGUAUGACAUUGAGGUAAUGACAAGUGACUUACCAUUUUUGACUGAUGAACAGAAAGAGGCUUUAGAGGGCAAUGUGAGCAAAAAGAAAGCUCACAAGAACUGGGGUUACCCAAAACGGAUAAUGGACUCUGAAGGCAUUUGAGGUUCCUGAGGCUGUGGCCAAAAACCUGGACAAGAGACACCCCCCAGCGGCCUCUAAGGCUAAGGAUGUCCCUGUGGAGCCCAAAGAACCUCAGACCUCAAAUGAGUAA